AUGACCAAGCGCCCCAAUUUCCUCGUUGUCGUCGCCGACGAUCUCGGCUUCUCCGACGUGGGCUGUUUCGGCGGCGAAAUUCGCACCCCCAACAUCGACCAGAUUGCAAAGGAGGGCCUUCGGUUUACAGACUUCCAUGCUGCGGCAGCAUGCUCUCCCACAAGGGCAAUGAUCAUGACCGGUACAGACCACCACAUCGCGGGUCUCGGAAACCUGAUCGAAUGGACCAACAUCUCCGGGCAGAAUGGCCCCAAGGGCUCUGCCAUGAGCACGGCGCCCCAGCGUGGCAUGCCCGGAUAUGAGGGGUACCUAAACGAGCGGGUGGUCGCUCUCCCGGAGUUGCUCCGAGACGGCGGAUAUCAUACGAUUAUGUCGGGCAAAUGGCAUCUUGGUCUGACCCCCGAACGAUCCCCCCAUAAGCGCGGUUUCGUGCGCUCCUUCGCCCAUCUGCCGGCCUGCUCCAACCACUAUGCCUACGAGCCCGAGCUGCGGGACAAGGACCAGAUCCCCACCUUCAUUGAGGCCUCGUACAUCGCUUUGCACAUGGAGGAUGGCGAGUAUGUACGGAAGCUACCUGAGGGCUGGUACUCCUCUGAUGGAUAUGGUGAUAAAAUGAUCGACUACCUGCGAGAGUGGAAGGAGAGUGGAGGCAGUGAUGGACCUGACGGCAAGGGUGACCGGCCCUUCUUCGGAUACCUUCCCUUCACAGCACCUCACUGGCCUCUGCAGGCCCCUCGCGAAUACAUUGAUCACUACCGUGGUGUAUAUGACGAGGGUCCCGAUGUACUGCGCCAGAAGCGUCUGCAACGCCUGAAGGAGCUGGGUAUGAUUCGUGACGAUGUCGAGGCUCACCCUGUCAACGCCGAAGAGGUCAAGCCCUGGGACGAGUUCACCCCUGAUGAGAAGAAGAAGUCUGCGACGGCCAUGGAGGUGUUCGCUGGUAUGGUCGAGUGCAUUGAUUACAACGUCGGCAAGGUCGUCGAGUACCUGCGAUCCAUCGACGAGCUGGAUAACACCUUUGUCUGCUUCAUGUCCGACAACGGUGCCGAGGGCGCCGCCUACGAAGCCUACCCAAUGGUGCAGAACGGCGUGAUGCCUCACCUGCAAAAGUACUACGACAACAGCCUGGAGAAUCUGGGCAACGGCAACUCUUUCAUUUGGUAUGGUCCGCGCUGGGCGCAGGCCGCCACUGCUCCCUCGCGUCUGUACAAAGCCUACACCACCGAGGGCGGCGUCCGCGUCCCCUUCACCUGCCGAUUCCCCAAGAACACCAACAUUAAGGCCAGCAAUGUGGCAGCCGGUGGGAUCACGGAUCAAUUCGCGACGGUCAUGGACCUGGCCCCCUCCAUCCUCGACAUGGCCGGUAUCAAGCACCCGGCACCAAACUACCAGGGCCGUGAAGUCGUCUCCAUGCGCGGCCGCAGUUUCCACCCCUGGGCCAUCGGCGAAGCCGAGCGCAUCCACCCGAAGGACUUCAUUCAGGGCUGGGAGACCUGCGGCCGAGCUGCCCUGCGUUGCGCAGACUGGAAGAUCGUCUUUAUCCCCAAGCCAAAGGGCCCCGAGAAGUGGCAGCUGUACAACCUUGUCAAUGACCCAGGCGAAAUUCACGACCUGGCCGACCAAGAGCCUGAGAAGCUCAAGACUCUCCUCAAGCUCUGGGAUCAGUAUGUUCUGGAGACUGGUGUGAUCCCCCUCUGCCCUGAUCUGGGUGACUUCUUGGAGGCGACGGAGGCACAGAUGCCUGAGAAUGCGUGGAUGGAGUUCGAUUACUGGAAGGAGGGUGCGCGUGAUACGCCGGAGAAGUUCACGCGCCAGCCGCCCCGUUUCCAGCGGACUGUGAAGCCGUUCUGA